AUGUUUCCGGCCAUGUUACCAACACCACCACCUUCGCCGACUCCCCGCUGUUAUGCUCCCGAGGACCGUUUAGGAUUCAUCUUAGCCAACCGGCUGCAACUGACCUCAGUCCUGGGUGUCGGAGCCUAUGGCGUGGUCUAUACCGCGGUGGAUAUCCACACCAACGUGGUCUACGCCGUCAAAGCCCUCAACAAAAAUGGACUGGAUCCCCGACAACUCAAGUUCCAGCAGCGCGAGAUUAGACUGCAUCACCUGGCCAGCCAACACCCCAACGUGGUUUCUUUAGUUCGCAUCAUGGAUUCCGCGGAUUGUACCUUUGUCGUCAUGGAGUUCUGUCCAGAGGGAGAUCUGUUCUCGAACAUCACCGACAAGGGCCACUUUGUUGGAAAUGAACCCUUGGCCAAGAGUGUAUUCCUCCAACUCCUGGACGCUGUACAGUUUUGCCAUUCUCUCGGGAUCUAUCACCGGGACCUCAAGCCCGAGAACGUUCUCGUUACAAACCAGGGAAUGACAGUCAAGCUCGCCGACUUUGGCUUGGCCACCACGGAUUACUUCACCUCGGACUUUGGAUGCGGCUCCACGUUCUACAUGUCGCCUGAGUGCCAACAGUCCAACGCCCGCCCCAUGUCCUGCUAUAUGUCUGCCGCCAACGACGUCUGGAGUCUGGGCGUAAUCCUAGUGAACCUCACCUGCGGUCGCAACCCAUGGAAACGCGCCUCCGUCGAGGAUUCCACAUUCCAGGCCUAUCUCAAGGACCCAUUCUUCCUGAAGACCAUCCUUCCACUCUCCCCAGAGAUGGUAUGUAUCCUGAGCCGCGUCUUCGAGCGCGACCCAAGUAAACGCAUCACCAUCCCCGAGCUGCGCCAGCUCAUUCUGGAGUGUCCCCGCUUCACGGAGAAUCCCAUGGCCCCAGCCCAGGCCCAGACCCCCUGGGUGCCGGAACACCUCAACUACAUUCCUCAGAUGCCAAUGUUCAUGGGCCCCAUGGAACCCCUGCAUGCCCAGCCGUCCGACUCGUCCUCGGACUCGUCGCAGUACUCGGCCUUUUCCCAGUCUGCCGCCUCCGACGGCUCCGCUAUCACCGAGGACUACUCGGACAAUACUAUGUCGCCGGUCGCCUCAGGCCAGAUUCCGGACUGCAAGGUGGUACUCCCGUCCGCUUGCGCUGAGCCUUUCUACCCUGCGGAUCCUUUUGCCUAUGGGGGUUUGGACUACCAUUCCAACCUGCCACUCGAGGUCCCCGUCUAG